AAAGGUUAAGUAUUCGCGAUCGCGAAUCUCGAGCAAAGGACGUAAACAGGAAACGACGACGACGUUUUUCGCGGUGAGUCACGCGAGCUUAUCAAUAUUCGCGGUCGCGUGGGGAUAGAAAAAUCCGCGACGACAUAUUGUACCGAGCCGCAAGAACGCGACGUCGAUUACUGACAGAACUCUUCAGUGAUCUUCGACGCCGCGGAAUAUGAUGACUCUGAAAGCGACCGUUGUUAAUCGCUCCUUUACAAGAGUUUGUCCUCUUCGGAGUUUCUUAUCGAGACGCAAUUUAACGGCUUCGAUCAAACCCGAAGGAACGAUGUCGUUCGAAGAUGAGAAACAGAAAUUCUUAAACAUGCCACCGGAGGAGAAGAGAAGUUUCUACAAAGCACAAGUGACAACUCUGGAUCAGAUUCCUGCAUGGCCAGAGUAUUGGGAGAAAAAUAAAUUUAACAUUGCCAAGACUCUUGAGAAAACUGAAAAGGUUGAUGAGGACAUAGUUAAGAAAGUAUCGAUAUGGCAAGGAGACAUAACUUCACUUGAAAUAGAUGCAAUUGUCAAUGCUGCAAAUUCGAGUCUUUUAGGAGGUGGUGGAGCUUUUUCAGUUGAUGGAGCUAUUCAUAGAGCGGCAGGACCAAAUUUAAAGAAAGAAUGUGCAACAUUAGGAGGAUGUAAAGUUGGCGAAGCCAAAAUUACAGGAGGUUACAUGUUGCCGGCUAAAUAUGUUAUUCAUACAGUUGGUCCACAAGGUGAGAAGCCAGAGAAAUUACGAAAAUGUUAUGAAAACAGUCUGAUGUUGGCUAAAGAGAAUCAUUUGCGUUCUAUCGCAUUUCCAUGCAUAUCUACUGGAAUUUAUGGAUAUCCGCAACAACCUGCAGCCAACGUAGCUUUAUCAACAGUCCAGAAAUUCCUUCGUGAAAAUCAAGAUAUUGAUAGAGUCAUCUUUUGCUUAUUUUUAAAGAGUGAUAAGGACAUAUACGAGGACCUAUUGCAAAAAUAUUUUGCUCUUGACUAAAUAUCUAUAGAUAUAUUUA